AUGGGGAAGAAAGGUGGCAAAGGCGGAGGCGGAGGCAGAAGCGGCGGCGGGGGUAUGGGCGGAGGUAUGGGCGGAAGUCACAUUCGCAGACAUCUGAGCCAAGCUAUGGAGUCGUGCGGGAAGGAUUUAGCUACGGCGGAGGAGAUCGUCGACGAUCUCCGUUCUAGGUACGGUAAUUUUACCCGUUUGAAACGGGAUGUACUUCUGCUCAACGUCAGGCAUAUCCUUAAUUUCAGAAACAACAAGCGUAUUAAUGACGAAGAUGACAAUGAUGCCGAUGACCAAGUUGCUACUGCCAGGAAGAAACAGAGACGGGUCGAUGAGAAAGAGGAGAAGCUACAGCAAGCGGAGCAAUCGCAUCUCAUGAGGAGAAAAAAGGCGCGAUCAGAGUCUUAUUCUUCUUCUUCCUCGGAAGACAGUGGCGAUGUGUCGACUUCUGAGGACGCCAUUUACAGCGAGCCGCUGAGUCCGAGGUUUGAUUUGACCAAUGACAGUCUGCGAGAUAACUACGCCAAGCUCAGCAGCUCCUCGAAGAAACCCAUUGCGCCUGUGGAAAACAAUGUCGAAGUUGAGACCGUGACCAGCAAAGGUAGAAGCAAGAUGACUACAAUGGGGUCGAGAAAGGAGGGUAAAGUCUUUCUUUCCGUCAGUGGAACCACUGGUAAUGGCGAUUUGGAAGUGGUGGCUAGUAAAGGACCUACCUUUAAAGAUUUCGGUGGGAUACAGAAAGUGUUGGAUGAUUUGGAGAAGAAUGUUCUCUUCCCGAUUCUCAAUCCUGAACCGUUUAAGAAGAUGGGAGUGAAGCCACCGAGCGGGAUUCUGUUCCAUGGACCACCUGGCUGUGGGAAGACCAAGUUAGCCAAUGCCAUAGCCAAUGAAGUUGGUGUUCCGUUUCAUCAGAUUUCAGCCACAGAAGUUGUUUCUGGUGUUUCCGGUGCUUCGGAAGAGAAUAUUAGAGAGCUCUUCUCUAAAGCAUAUAGGAAGACGCCUUCGAUUGUGUUUAUCGACGAGAUUGAUGCGAUUGGAUCAAAGAGAGAGAACCAGCAGAGGGAGAUGGAGAAGCGGAUAGUAACGCAGCUAUUGACCUGUAUGGAUGGCCCUGGUAACAAGAGCGAUCAAAGGGAUCCUGAUUCUAGUGAUGGAUAUGUUCUCGUCAUUGGAGCUACAAAUAGGCCUGAUGCGCUUGAUCCUGCCUUGAGGAGAAGUGGGCGGUUUGAGUGUGAGAUUGCUCUAAGCGUUCCGGAUGAAGAGGCCAGGGCUCAGAUUCUCUCUGUUGUUGUCCAAAAACUUAGACUAGAAGGUUCCUUUGACAUGAAGAGAAUAGCGCGUUUGACACCAGGGUUUGUUGGAGCCGAUUUGGAAGGUGUUGCUAACAAGGCUGGAAGUAUAGGCAUUCAGAGGGUCAGGGAUUCAAGAAAAUCACAACUGUCUGGUGACGGCGAUGAUGAUAAAUCUUGGCUGAGGCAGCCCUGGGCGGAAGAAGACUUGGAUAAACUCUUUGUCAAUAUGUCUGAUUUCGAGGAAGCAGUGAAAUUAGUUCAAGGAUCUCUAACCAGAGAAGGGUUCUCUACCGUGCCUAAUGUCAAAUGGGACGAUGUUGGUGGACUCGAGCAUCUACGGCGUGAACUCAACAAUUAUAUAGUCAGACCUAUUAAAAGGCCUGAGAUUUAUAAGGCUUUUGGGGCAAACUUAGAGACAGGGUUUUUGCUCUAUGGACCGCCGGGUUGCGGUAAGACGCUGAUUGCAAAGGCAGUUGCAAACGAGGCAGGAGCUAAUUUCAUAUACAUCAAGGGUGCAGAAAUUCUGAAUAAAUACGUUGGAGAAAGUGAGCUUGCUAUUCGAACCUUGUUUCACCGCGCUCGGACAUGCUCGCCAUGUGUACUCUUCUUUGAUGAGGUGGAUGCUUUGACAACAAGUCGUGGUAAAGAAGGUGCUUGGGUUGUUGAACGACUUUUGAACCAGUUUCUUGCUGAGCUGGAUGGAGGAGAGAGGCGUAAUGUGUAUGUAAUUGGAGCUACAAACAGGCCAGAUGUGGUUGAUUCUGCUUUCUUGAGACCGGGCAGGUUUGGGAAUCUUGUGUACGUACCCCUCCCUACUGCGGAUGAGCGUGCUUCAAUCCUACAAGCCAUUGCAAAGAAGAAACCGAUUGAUCCUAGUGUUGAUCUGGAUGCUAUUGCAAAGACCAACUGUGAAGAUUUCAGCGGAGCUGAUCUCGCUAACCUGGUGGACAAAGCUAUACACCAGGCAGUGGAGGAGAAAUUCAGGUGCAGUGAGUCGUCUGAAGAUUCAAGUGAGUGUACCAUCAAUAUGACUCAUUUCGAGCAAGCCUUGUCCUUAGUCCAACCCUCGGUCAACAAACAGAAAAUAAAAUACUACGAGGAGCUAUCAAAGAAGCUACAAACAAGCUCUCGAAGGAACAUCGAACAAAACAACACCAUAGGAUCAUCUUUUGCCCUUGAAUGA